AUGCUGGAUGGACCGCUAUUCUCCCAGGGGCCCGACAGCCCCCGGGAGCUCCAGGAUGAGGAGUCUGGCAGCUGCCUCUGGGUGCAGAAGUCCAAGCUGUUGGUGAUUGAAGUGAAGACUAUUUCCUGUCAUUAUAGUCGCCGCGCCCCUUCUCGACAGCCCAUGGACUUCCAGGCCAGCCACUGGGCCCGCGGGCCCCAGAGCCGCACGUGUGGGCCGCGCCCGAGAUCCCCUGAACCGCCGCCCCGCCGGCCCUGGCCCUCCAGGGUGUUGCAGGAGGCGACCAACUGGCGGGCGGGGCCCCUGGCAGAGGUCCGAGCCCGAGAGCAAGAGAAAAGGAAAGCGGCGUCGCAGGAGCGGGAGGCCAAGGAGACCGAGCGGAAAAGACGCAAGGCUGGAGGGGCCCGACGGAGCCCCUCGGGUCGGCCCCGCCCGGAGCCCCGCAACGCCCCUCGGGAAGUCCAACCUGAGGGGCUCCCAGCUCGCUCAAGGCCGGAGCGCCUCGGGCCCGUGGGGCGAGCUCCCCGCCCAUCCGCACAGCCACAGAGCGACCCAGGGGCGGCGUGGGCGGGGUCCUGGGGAGGCCGGCGGCCGGGGCCCCCCAGCUACGAGGCUCACCUGCUGCUGAGAGGUAGUGCCGCGAUUGCCCCGCGACGCCGCUGGGACCGGCCGCCACCCUACGUGGCUCCGCCUUCCUACGAAGGCCCCCACAGGACCUUGGGGACUAAGCGAGGCCCCGAGCUCUCCCAGGAGCCCGCCUCAUCAGCCCCAGCUCCGACCCCGGCCAGGACAGAGGGAGGGCGCACGAAGAAGAGGCUGGAUCCUCGGAUCUACCGGGACGUCCUCGGGGCUUGGGGUCUCCGACAGGGGCGGGGUCUCUUGGGGGAAUUCCCAGGCUGUGGAGCGGCAAGAGCAAGGCCGGAGGCCGGCAAGGGGGCCGCGGAGAAAAACCUGGGGCUGGCUGCUGCUGGCCUGAACAGCGGUAGCGACGGCCAUUCCCAAGCCAAAGCUACGGGGACCCCAGGCGCGGAGACAGCUCCUGCGGGGUCUACGACUGCGACUCCCAGCCCCCCGCGUCCUGCUCCCAGGUCCAGGCACCACCUCAGAGGCUCAAGGGAAGGGAAAGAAGGAAGAGAGCAGAUUUGGUCCCCCAAAUGCUGGAUUCCCUCCCCUAAAAAGCAGCCUCCCCAGCAUAGCCAGACACUCCCCAGACCCUGGGCUCCAGGAGGCACUGGAUGGAGAGAGUCCCUGGGUCAGAGAGAGGGGGCAGGACCUGAGACCUUGAAGGGUUGGAAGGCGACCCGCCGCGCCCACACCCUGCCCCGCAGUUCCCGGGGCCCCGCUCGUGGAGAAGGCGUCUUUGUCAUUGAUGCCACGUGCGUGGUGAUACGGUCCCAGUAUGUUCCGACCCCUCGAAGCCAGCAGGUGCCGCUUUUUCCCUCUCGGGUGCCGCGCAUUGCGGGGGAUGCCUCUGGGCAACAGAAGCCCGGCAAGGAGGAGGGCCAGGUGGCCGCGGUCGUCCCCUCUCCGUGCCAGAAACUGCUACUGAGCAGUCGCCUUGUACACCAGCCCGGCUGCGGGCGUGGGUGUGAGGCCGAGGGCGGGAAGCCGGUGGGCCCCUCCCUGGAGGAGCGCGCCUCCCGCAUCUUGGGGCUCCCGGUCGGUGAAGUAGACCUGCUGGACGCCCCCACGCAGCCAGGUAGCUCGGAGCACCCAGACUUAGGCCCAAGGGCUUCGGGAGGGGCAGGCAACGUGCGGGGCUCGGAAGUGACGGCUGUCCCGCGGCGCACCGGCCGGGGCUGGGCGCGGACCCCCGGGCCCUAUGCGGGGGCCCUGAGGGAAGCCGUGUCCCGCAUCCGCCGCCAUACCGCCCCGGACUCGGACUCCGACGAAGCCGAGGAGCUCAGCGUCCACAGUGGCUCCUCUGAAGGAAGCGACACAGAAGCCCUGGGCGCAUCCUGGCGGAAAGAGAGGACCCUGCCCGGGGUUGGGAACAUCCAGCCCCGGGAGGACGGGAAGAAAGCGGAGUUGAGCGACAGUAUCCGAGAGAUUCUAGAUGCCAUCAACCAAACCGAGGAGGCCCUCUUCCGGGCGAGGGACACCAAGGGGACCCCACAGGGAAAUAGGGAGAGGCAGUGAGAGGCCCUUCUUGUGUUUGUGUCCCCUGACCCAUCCGUCAUUGGGCCUACUGGUCCCCUUUCUUCCCCACAAGACUUCCUUUGCUUCUCUUUUCCUUUUAUCCAUACCCAUACCCGUUCCCAUAUUUGAAAUAGAAAUGAAAGGAAAGGGAACAUAUGGCCAUUCAUGAUUUUGUUUCAGGAGAGGUGAGGGUGAGCACCUGCUUUAAUGCCUGCUACAUUCAGGGCACAUAGGUGAGGUCUUCAGCAGGGGCUGGUGCUCUGGGUGUGGAGCUGAGCAGAGAGGCCUAGCUGGAUCAGGGAGGUAGGAGGGUGACGUCUGGGCAGGGGGGAGGUGAUGGAGAGGCUUCAGACUAGGCCACAGAGUGACCAGGUGACAGAGGGGUUCUUGGCAGAAAAGGAAUGUGUCCAGAAGCAACCAGCAAAGCAGGCAGAGGGUUCACUUUGGUGUCAUAAGUCUUGGGUUUCAAUCCAACUCUGCCACUGACUUGCUGGUUGACCUUAGGCCAGUCGCUUUCCCUCGCCAAGCCUCCAGGUCUUCUGGUGUGUAAAAUGAGAGAGUUCUAAGGUCCAUCCUUCCAUCCGUGGUAUUUUGGGAUCUUUGGGGAAGACUUUAUCUCAUCAACCAGCCAAGAAAGAGAGUUGGGAAUGAAUGAACAAAGUCUGAGGGUUCCUGGAUGGCCUCCUUGUUACCUGCACUCAUCCUCAAUUCAGGAGACUAUCCAGGGUUUGCAGAAGAGCUGAGUAAGUGGGCAAGGGGCUUUUAUCCCAGCCUCCCAGGUUUGGGGGCGCUCCUCAAGGCAGGGCAGGAUAGUGGCCCCAUCACUGCCCCUGACCUGUGGUGGUCGGAGCUGGGGACGGAAGGCAGCCAGUAAAUCAUCUUGGGACCUCUUUAGGCCUUCCUCUUUUCCUCCACCCCAAUGUCCCUUAGUGGUACUCUGAAGCAUGACCACGAUUUCCCAGGUGGUAUCGCCUACUUGAAAGAACCCUGAGAAUUUUUGGCGUCGCUGCCUCUUCCAGAAACCAGCCAGGCAAGGAAGAAGACUGGUUUCAAGAAGCCUGCACGUGUGGGGUGUGAUACUCGCUGUAGCCACUACGGGGCGCGCGCAGGUCGCGGAUUUCCCAGGUUGCUGGUCUCUGAGUCCCCGCCGUGCUGACACUGCUGGUUAAUCCGAUCCCUAGUUACCGCGCGCCUGUCCCUCGUCUUGCCGCCUCCAGCCGUGCGGGGCCGGGAGCAGGUCUCCGGCCUCCCAGACCUCUGGAGCGCGCCGAGCCCCUCUUUGUACUCAUCCAUGCCAAAUGGCUUGGGACUCAGACACUGAAGUCUUUUUUUUCUCUCCGAUCCUGGACACCUUCUCUAUCCCUGCUAUUUACUAGCCAUGUGAACUUGGACAAAUCACUUCACCUCCCUGAGCCUCAGUUUCCUCAUCUGUCAAAUGGGGGUUUAUAAACACCUACCUCGCAGGGUUGUUGUGAGGAUUUAAUGCGAUAAUGUAUGUAAAGCGCCUUGCACAGUGCCUGGCACAUAGUAGGCGCUCAAUAAAUCUAAG